UUUUGAACCAAAGUUUGAACCGUUUUGGAACCGUCCUUUUUCCGAACCCGAAAUUAGGCAAUCUAGACAAGCCAAACACAUGGCAACAUAACCUCAAAAAAAAAAGGAAAACCUAAACCAAAUAAACAACAAACAACGUUCUUUGCUUGACUGCAAUAAUUUCCAUUUUCCAAGGAAAUUCACUUAUUUUUUUUUCAUGGGAAAACACAGUAAGAAAUCCAAAAAGCACCACAAACACAAAAAAUCUUCCUACAAAGAUGAUUCUACAAAACGCAAAAGUAGAAAACGUAGCAGUAGUGACGAAAUUGAAUCGAAGAAAAAAAGGUACAGUAGCUCUAGUGACUCAAGCAAUGAAGAUAUUAAAGAAACAACUCAAAAGCGAGAUGAUUGGAUGAAUUUAUCCACAACGUUUGCCUCGUUUUCAAAAGAGGACCGCAAAAAAGUCAACGAAAAACAGGCAAAAGAAGCUGCACAAUAUAAUCCAAGUCAAUGUGCAAGAGAAUUGAAUCCUUAUUGGAAAAACGGAGGAGACGGUUUGCCUAAAUUUCAAAAACCCUCACAAAACGACUCGGAUUCAGACCACCACAACAAAUCCUUUGAUAGAAAACAUAAAAAAUCCCAAUCAAAUUGGAGAAAGACUAAAGAACCAAGUCCCAAACCAUGCACCAGCUUUGAAAUUGAAAAAAUCCCUGAAUCUGAUAAACCAAUGACAGAAAAAGACUUGAAUCUUCUUGCAGGCAAAUUAGUAAAAGCUGAAAUAAUGGGCAACAAUAAAUUAAUAGAAGAACUUAAAAUAAAACUGGAAAAAGGCAGAGCACUAUUGGCAGAAGCUAAAUUACAAGGUGAAGAAGUUUUACUCACUCAAACUGACAGGCAAGGCAAUUCUAAGCCCCUGACCCUUCAGCAUGAAGAAAGCUCAGGCAGCAAAAAACGCAAAAAACCUGUAGAAACUCACAACAACCAACAAAGAGUCAGGUAUUUCCCUGAUGAUGAUAAGUACUCACUGAAACAAAUGUUUGAGGAUGAAAAAUUCAAUUCAGUGGAAGCCCAACAAAGCGAGUUUGUAAAAAUUGCUUCAAAGAUCCGCAAGAAUGAUGAUUUAGAUGAUUUGUUCGCUGACAAUGUUAGACGCCAAAAAUCAGAUUCAGAUAUAGACAAAAAAAGCAAAGAGAAAGCCAUUAAUGAACACAAUAAAAUAUCAUCGAGCCUUGAUAAUUGUUCUAAAUGCAUACAAUCAACUGCAACUUUGAAAAAUUUGAUUAUUUCAAUGGGGGAGUUUGUGUAUUUGAGCUUGCCCUCUUGUGAGCCUUUAAUGGAAGGCCAUUGCCUAAUAAUCCCCAUAAGACAUGCCAACUCAGUAACUCAACUUGAUGAAAAUGAAUGGGAAGAAAUAAAGGAUUUUAGAAGGGCCUUAUGUAAAUUGUUUGCCUCUAAAGACCUAAUACCAAUAUUUUUUGAAAUAGCUGUUGGAUUUCAUAAAUACCCACACACUGUUUUAGAAUGUGUCCCUGUACCAAAGGAAGAAGGUGAUUUGGCACCAAUUUAUUUCAAAAAGGCUAUAGACGAGUCAGAAUAUGAGUGGUCAGAAAACAAAAAACUAGUCAGUCUUAAAGGAAGAAAUAUCCGUAAAGCAAUCCCUAAAGAAUUGCCAUAUUUUAGCGUCAGCUUUGGUCUUGAAGAAGGUUUCGCGCAUGUAAUAGAAACAGAAAAUUUAUUUCCCAGGAAUUUUGCUCAAGAAAUUAUUGGAGGGAUGUUGGAUUUGCACCACAAUAAAUGGAGAAGGCCUUCGAGGCAAUCAUUUGACUUACAAAGUAAAAGGGUUUUGGAGUUUACAAAGGAAUGGGAGAAAUUUGAUUGUACCAUUACUAGAAAUUAAAUCUUCUAUUGUCUUAAAUAAAUUUGUACAGUUAAUAAUUAUAUUUCAUCCUCAUUCAAAAGCAUAUUGGGUAUUCCAUUGUUGAUGGGAAAUUUCCUGCCACUUUCUGGACACACCAAUUCGCCAUGUACAACUUCUACUUCUAGCAAAGCUUUGUGGGCGAUUUUUAGGAAAUCUUCAUUGGUUUCAUAGUCUUCAGGUGGAGCCUCUUUCGGUAGAUUCUCAGAAUGGCCUAUGCUUUCUGCUGCACUAUAGAGCACUGGCCAGUCUAUUUUUGGAAUGAUUUUUGAUAUAAAAUCCGGGUUGAAGUCUACACUGGAUAUUCGAAUGUCCG